CUGUUUGCCCUCCUCCUCCUCCUCCUGCUCGCCUUUGCCAGCUGGGGCAGACAGCUUCUGCCAGGUGUGAGUGGGUGGCUGCUGGGAAAGGAAUGGGGAGGCGAAAGGAUGAUGAUGACUGAGAGAGGGCAGGGGUGGAGAGGAAGAAAAGAAGGAAGGAAGGAAGAAAAGAAGGAAGGAAGGAAGGGGCCCAACCGAGUAGAAUAAAGAGACAAAGGGGAAAGAGUUGUUCUUCUCCAUCAGGCUGAGGAGUGUGCGCCUUGUUGGAUUGGCCCAUCAUCUGGAAGACUCAAGGAUAAUCCAAACUUCCCGGAAAAUGAGAUGGCCAAGGGACGCUUGCCAUAACUGAAGGAUACAUUCACAGAAGAAUUCUCAGACGCUGGAGUUUUAUCUGCUGGGCAGGUAUUUGCUGGGAUUCUCCAGAAUGACAGGGUCUGAAGAUAUGGUUGACCAGAUCCAAAGUGUCUUUGAAGGAGAAGAGGAAGAAGAUGUACUGUGGGAGAAGAUUGAGAGUGUGCGCCACCAACUCACCCGCUCUCUAAACCCGGCAAAACUGACGCCAUAUCUACGCCAGUGUCGUGUGAUUGACGAGCAAGAUGAAGAGGAGGUGCUGAGUGCUUAUCGUUUACCAUGCAAGAGCAACCGGACAGGACUCCUCAUGGAUAUCCUACGGGGCAGAGGAAAGCGGGGCUAUGAAGCCUUCUUAGAGUCCUUGGAGUUCUAUUAUCCAGAACAUUUCACCCGGCUGACAGGGAAACAGCCAGUUCAGCGUUGCUCUAUGAUUCUAGAUGAGGAAGGUCCUGAAGGCCUGACCCAGUUCUUGAUGAUGGAAGUGAAGAAGGCUAGGGCUCAGAGGAAAGGACAUCUGGCCAAAGAGCACCAACUUCAGGUGAAGAACCAGGCCUUGGAGGAGGAGUGCAGCCAGCUGAAGCAACAGCUCAGGGAGCUCCAGAAGAUGCAGGAACGUUGGCAGAGGUUCCAGGAAGAAUGGGACUCUAGCAGUUUGGAGCUGCUGAGACUAAAAGAUGAAAACUAUAUGCUGGCCAUGCGUUAUGCUCAGCUGUGUGAGGAAAAGAAUGCUGCUGUCCUACGAAGCCGGGACCUGCAACUGGGGGUAGAUCAAUUGAAAUGCAAGGUCAGCAGCAUGGAGGAAGAAUGCUCUCUGCUGAGGAAACAGGCAUUGAUGGCUCCCCGCAGAGAAGUAGAGGAUUGUGGCCUUGCUGACACAAUCUCUAACUUGCAAGCUGAGAACCAAAGGCUGGUUGCUUCCCUUCAAGAACUGCAGAAUGUGGUGCAGACAGCAGGUGAAGGCCAGGUGCCAGGCUCUGAGAGGAUCCUUCUAGACAUUCUGGAGCAUGACUGGAAGGAAGCACAAGCUGACCGGCAGGAAUUGUGUCAGAAACUAGACUCCGUGCAAAAUGAACUGCAGUGGGCUGAAGGGCUGAGAGAUAAGUACUUGCAAGAUAUGGAAGAUCUGCAGCUGAAAUACCAGACUCUGCAGAAGAACUGUGACCUAUACAAGCACAGAAUGAACACUGUGCUGGCUCAGUUGGAGGAGAUUGAGAAGGAAAGAGAUCAGGCAAUCCAGAGCCGAGAUGGCAUUCAACUGCAAUAUUCCCAGAGCCUCAUUGAGAAGGACCAGUACCGCAAGCGUGUUCGGGCCUUGGAGGAGGAGAGGGAUGAAUUGCUGAGCAAACUUACACAGGCAGAAGGCAAGAUUGGCACUCUAGAGGCACAGCUGCAGCGCUGCCAGUGCACACGAAGCCUGGCAAAGAAGAUGUGUUCCUCCUCCUAUUCUCUGUGUUCCAUCCUCAGUAGCACUUGGAGCAUGAUAGAAAAGCCUUCAGCUGCAGAGGAUGGGAUGGGAGAUACACCAGGCAUCCUGAACAUUGCAUUUCCUGGGGAUUGUACAAGCCAGGAGGAGGAAGUGACUCCAGACAGAGAGAAGGAAAUAAACCGUCUUUCCAUCUUCCCCUUCCCACCCUGUGCUGGCUCUAUCCUUCGACGGCAGCGUGAAAAUGGACCAACUCCCUUCAAGAGUCAGUCUUAUGGAUCUUUUGGCAGCAUGGAAGACUUAACAGGAAGCAUCACCACUACAGUCUUCUCUGCUAGAUCCCCUUCUUCUUCUGGCAGUGCACACACAAGGGCAAAGUCAGAACUCUGCUUAUCCACUAUAUCUAACCAGCAGGAGUUUUCCAGGAGAUCUGUUGUGGUGCAUUUGUCUAGCACACCCCCCUUGACCAUUCCAGCACCUCAGAUCAGAGGCCUUGCGGGAGACAUCUCCAUCCUUGGAGGAAACAGAACUGGGAUUUACGUACAGUGGGUGAGGCCAGGUUCAGAAGCUGAGAGGGUAGGACUUCGAGAGGGAUGCCGACUCCUAGAGAUUAGGGGGACACAGUUAAAUGGGGAGGUGCUCUCCCUUGAGAACUGCACCCGGGAGGUAGCUUACCUGAGUCUGUUGCACUGGGAUGACCCGUCUUCUCUCCUCUUCCUACAGGAUAGAACAGGAUACCAGCCUCUCAAGGAAGCCCUAGAUGCUGGGCAGAAGGUUCCUGGUGACUCCUUCUAUGUGCGGGCCAACCUGAACCUCCUGGAGCUUGCGGACCCUUAUGCACUGUGUGUGAAGUGCCGUGAAAUCCUGCACAUCACUGACACCUUGCACAAGGGACGGCUGGAAUGGUAUUGUGCUCGAGUGGACCCUUUCACUCUCCAGGACUUGGAUAAAGGCAUAAUACCUAAUUACAGCAGGGCUCAACAGCUCUUGAAGAUCCAGGCAGAAGCAUGGCAGAAAGGAGGCAGGACUAAGGUGAAAAAACGGGCCCUGAACCAGCUUCACCUGGUGAAACGUAAGCAGCAGGGCGGGCAAAAUGAGACUCCUUGGCCAAAUCCUUGCCUAGAUGGAGUAGUAAAACCUUAUAGUCCAGUACGCCCUGUGGUGGUGCAAAACCGUCGCCCUGUUGUGAUCUCACCAAGCUGCUUAGCACCCUGGAUCAUCACGAACCUUUUGGACCUCCCUCCUUCACAUCAGGACUUUUGUUUGUGCCCGGCUGAUGUCCUUGAGGAACAGAGACUCUUUACUGGCUCCUCCAAGAACAGUGCUAAUGCUGACAGGAUCUCACAAAGCCAGAAAGAUUCCAGGAGGUUCUGUGCUAUCCAAGAAGCUAUUGGAAAGAAUAAACACUGUCUGCUAGAUCUGGAGGUCCAGGUGGUGAGGGAUCUAAUUAAAAGUGAAAUACACCCCAUUGUUAUCCACAUCGAGGUUACUGAGAAGAACAUCAAGGGAGUCAGGAGUUUACUUGGGAAACCAGGCCGACGUGAUUCUGAGUUGCUGAAGGAAUGCCGGAGGGCUGAGGUUGUACUCUACACUUUGCCCUGCUCAUGGGCCUGGGUGGACCACCAGGCCUGGGGUAGUGCAGAGGAGCUGGUGAAGGUGGUGCGGGCUCAGGUGUUCCAAGAGCAGACCAGGAUAGUGUGGGCUGAGGAGAAUGAUGUGUGAUCUUGCUAUGCCUUGGUAUGUUUUGGGGACAUCUGUAGAAGAGCAGCCUCUGCAGGACAGUGGCUUGGACUUCAUGAUCCACCAUGAUUUCUCCUGGACAUUAGAUUCACUCCACACAUCCUGCACAUUUGGGUGCCUUUGUGGUCUAGUCAUUUCUUUGCUUAGUCUGAAAAUGGGAGAAAUCUCCCUGUGAAAACUGUCACUCCAUGUCAUUUCUUCCUGAUUUCCAAAUCAGCCAGUGCCUAGUUCCUCAGCCUCCACCUCAUUCUCCCAAAUCCUGAUUCUUUUCUGUGAUUCUUUCUUCUUCAUUAGUUCAGAUUCUACCAGGAAUGUGUGCAUGUGAUUGGGAGGGGAAGCAGCCAGAGGAAGAUAUGUUUGCAUACAUGUACAUGUGUGGACACAAUACUUGUCCCCCUCCGUCUCAGCAACUGUAAUGGGCUUCUGAGACAACCUUAUUGUUGUGAACAAUUCAUUGUGUGUAAAAUUAUAAAUGGAUUUUUUUAUUUAUCAGAAGGCCAACCUAGUAAAUGUCGAUUAAA